GUCCUCACUUUUGGUCGAAACGAUUCGAGAAAAAUAUGGCACUGGCGCGGAUGCUGCUGAGCCUCCCGUCCGGCCGCAGCGUGGCUGGACUAGGUCGGCAGACGCUUUGCACUGAAUCCUGCACUUCUUUGGGAGUUGUUGGGAUGCGCGCACCGGGCGUGGUUUCAGUCGGCUCCACGCGGCCCCAGCGCGCCAUCCAGACAGCCGUCCAGCGACACAAUUCUGGCCACGCAGACGCGUGCUCGUUGUCACUGCCAUCAUCAUCAUCAUCAUCGUCGUCGUCGUCGGCGGCGGCGGCAGCAUCAGCACAGCCGCCAAGCAGCACUCCCACUGCCAAGACUGGCGCUCGACGCAAGACGCUGCCCGAUGACGGGUUUACACUGAAGGACUUUAUGGCCGCGUCGACGAGCCCUGGAGUCGCACAAGCGGGUGCUGGACCAGACGAUCUUGCUGAAGGGCAUGGACACGGGCAUGGUGGACACUCUCAUGCUGGACGCCGAUUGAGCUCCAAUGCCAUUGCAGCUGCUCAGCAACAGCGCGGAUCGGUGAUUCUGAACGCGCCUAAAUCCGAUCGUGUGGAUGUUGAGAAUAUUCCGUAUGUGCCGCCACAUCAGAUUGGUGGCGAAGGGCGCAAAGUAUUUUUCGAGACGUAUGGCUGCCAGAUGAAUGUGAAUGACACGGAGAUUGUGUGGUCUAUCCUUCAGGGCGUUGGAUUUGAGCGGACUCUUGACGUGAAACAGGCGGAUGUGAUUUUGCUCAUGACCUGUGCCAUCCGUGACAAUGCCGAGCGCAAGGUCUGGUCCCGGUUGAACGAGCUGAAACACAUGAGACUCAAACGUACCAAGGACCAGCCAAUUUCUCGUGUCGGUGUUCUAGGAUGCAUGGCCGAGCGCCUCAAAACCCAGCUUCUGGAGAAGGACCAGCUCGUGGAUGUUGUGGCAGGGCCUGACUCAUACCGCGACCUCCCAAGGCUACUGAGCAUUGCCAACCAAGGAGAUCAAGCCGUGAACGUUCAGCUGUCGCUCGAUGAAACGUAUGCUGACAUUGCGCCGGUUCGCAUGUCCAAAGAUAGUGUGACUGCAUUUGUAUCUAUCAUGCGCGGAUGUGACAACAUGUGCAGCUUUUGUAUUGUUCCCUUCACCCGUGGCCGUGAGAGAAGCCGGCCUCUCGCCUCUAUCGUUGAAGAAGUGCGUCAGUUGGCCAGGCAAGGUGUACGGGAGGUCACUCUGCUCGGACAAAACGUGAAUAGCUAUCGCGACGAAUCCGAACCUGCCCAUGAUGCUGCAGAGCAGGGACAACCUGGCAAUCCCGCAGAUUCUCCGAAUCUUUCCGCCGCAUCACCACCACCACUGCCACCAAGCGCCGCUGCCGAUACCACGCACAACGUCACAGCUCUUGCAGCCGGAUUCAAGUCCAUUUACAAACCCAAAAUUGGCGGUCGGCGCUUUGCUGAACUGCUUCGCCAAGUCGCUGCCGUCGAUCCCGAAAUGCGCAUUCGUUUCACCUCGCCGCAUCCCAAAGACUUCCCGGACGAUGUCUUGACAGUCAUUGCCUCAACGGCCAACGUUUGCAAGUCGCUGCACAUGCCAGCUCAGAGCGGUAGCACAUCUGUUCUUGAGCGCAUGCGGCGUGGUUAUUCCCGCGAGUCUUACCUGGAGCUGGUUGCCCGCGUUCGGCGGCUCAUCCCUGAUGUGACGCUGAGCUCUGACUUUAUCGCUGGAUUCUGUGGCGAAACCGAAGCGGACUUUAAAGACACACUUGACUUGAUUGAAAAGGCUGGCUAUGAAUAUGGCUAUCUGUUUGGAUAUAGCAUGCGUGAGAAAACGCAUGCCCACCGCAAGUUGGUGGACGACGUCCCUGCUGAUGUGAAAAACCAGCGGCUCAAGGAGAUGAUUGCAUCGUUUUAUGCUCGCUCGGAACAAUCCUUGUCUCGCUUUGUGGGGUCGCGCCAACUUGUGUUGGUAGAGCGCCCCAGCCGCCGCGCCAAGGAUCAGCUAACAGGUCGCUCCGAUGGCAACAUUAGUGUGAACAUUGGCGCUGAUUUGCUUCCGCAAGGAGUGGUGGAGCGCGCGUCGGACGAAAUCCUGGCUGCUCGUCGACGCCUGUUAGAUGCCACGAAACCCGGCGAGUACCUUGAGGUUGAAAUCACUUCUGUGACCGCUCGCUCCUUGCGCGGUGUGCCGAUCAGAACGACGUCGCUGCAGGACUUUGUUGCCCGUCAGACCGCAAGUUCAAGUGCGCAGUCUUCUGGUGCUCCUGAGUUGCAGCACGUUCGUGCAUGAAAAGUCGGCAAUGGUAUGAAACACAGAAACGAAUAAAUUUUGCUGUAUUGAGCAUUGCAUUACCCUUUUUGAGCGAAUGCU